AUGUCAUCAGAAAUCCUCGCAGCGCUCUUCGAAGAACUUCAUCACCCAGACACACGCGAUCGUAGUGCAAGGAUCCAAAAUCUAUGCGAAGUUUACUGGGAUAUCCUAAGCAAUGACACCUCCAUCGCACAGUUACACCUCAACGAAUUCACCCUCCUGCUGCGCGAAGACGAAAACCUUGCGCUCGCACAGCUCGUUAUACCCGAACUUCGAUACAGCGCACCUACUGCGAAGGAAGAAACAAAGCGCCAUAUCCAACACCUCUUCCAAUCCGUGUCAAGCCUAAGCCCGAACACCACACAGACGAAGUAUGCAGAGGUACACCAGUUGUUUGAGAGUGAGAAGGAUAUCAUUCAGGAGAUGGAUCUAUACCGAGCUGCUCUGCUGCUCUUCAACCGCGGCGAGAUUAGCGAAGCCAGAAAGACACGCUUGCGAGAGUGGUUACAGAACGCGCCCAAGUAA